AUGCCUAAACCUCAAUCUCGAAGCGAGUCACCUUCAGUAUCGCCCACUUCGACAGUGCUCGGGAACGGACAAGAGCCGUCUGCAGUGAUCGGAGCUGCAUCUGAGCACGAUGUAACAAGCACGCACACAACCUCAAGCCACUCCUCUCAAGGCUCUGUGGAUCUGGAAUCGCAAUCAGCGACAACAAGAAGACCAAGCGUCAUCAACGUCCUCCGCAAAUUCAGCUCAACCUUCUCCGAUCAAAUCCCACCUCACUGGAAACCCAAUCACAUCAACGAGAAACGUGACACUCGAUCACUGGAAGACUAUCCGAAGGGCUUCCCUCGAUUCGCAGCAUGGAUGAACUGCGAUGAGAAUUUCCUUAUGACUAGACGGUAUGGCUGGCUUCACAACCGCGUAAUGCUAUAUCGGCAAUCCGAACUUCGUCAACUGGAGAUCAAACUUCAGUUAUGCGAUGAAGGCGACGAGGAGUCCAAGGAUCCUGCGUUGGUUGAUCAUCGCAUGUUUGCCCGAGGAGAUUCGGGCGAAUAUAGGAAGGAGCUCAUUCAGCAAAUUGACGAGAAGUUGGAGCAGUAUGACAGCAUAGUAAGGCGGGUCAAAGAAAUGUCCUCACUGCCAAAAGCCACAAGGAGGAAUUAUACAUCUGUAUGCAACCACAUCGACAAGCACGCUCCGAUCGCGCAACGAGAGCAAGACGUCUUCAUGAACGACUCGGACUUCGUAGCCCUGGUCGAGCAGCAUGAGACCAAGUCCUUCGAUGGGUUUGUCGAAGACAUUCUGACCCUUCUACCUUGUAAACGAGUGACACAGUUCUUCUUCUCCAACGCUGAGCAACGCGCCACCAGCACGGACGAAAACCUCUUCCUCUACGACAAACGACGCAUCGACGUCUUCAUCCGCCUAAUCAUGACAUGCCUCGCAGUCGGACUCCUCCUUGCCCCCGUCGUGGUGCUAUUUCGAGAACAAGACAGCGGAACAGUCAAGAUCGUCGUGAUUUUAGUAUUUACGCUCUUCUUCAGUCUGGCACUGAGCUUGGCCACAAGAGCGAGACGAGCAGAAGUGUUUGCUGCGACUGCUGCGUGA